GGUUCUGGAUUUUUUUAUUUUUAUUUUUUCGGGGUGCCGACGACCCCCAACCGGUAGUGCUGACCAGCCGACCAGCCGACCAGUCAAGGGCCGCCGACCGUCAGGGUAUGCAACACUGGCUAAUAGGGGUAUCAGCACUGCUUUGUCUGUUUCUCUACAGCGAUGUGUGUCUUCGGGGAAGUUUGGAUCUACAUCCAGUGGCACUGUCAACUCCUUGUGACAGCACCAUGACUCAGGGCAUGCACGUGGUGCCUGCUUCCUCUGUUCUAUCCGGGUCUUCUGCUGCUCUUUUUUUUUUUGAAACCCAGAUGGGGCCAGCUAGAAGGGGUGAUAUGAGCUUCUCCUUCUAGCAGGCCCGCCACUGGAUGUUCCUGUCUAUUGGUGAGGAGCUGCACCUGUUGGAAACCGGGUCCAGCGACCCAUUGUACAAUCUUUUCAACCUCUUCCCCGGGGCCAUUACCCUGUUUCAGCUAUAAGAGUCAUCAGACCGAAAGAAUAUGCGACAAGUACACAGCCUAUUCAGCUCCUGUGGCCGCCGGAUAGACAAGAAGUAUCUCUGGCUGUGUCCUGUCUUCUUCAACUUCAUCUCAGCCGCUGUCGUUGUACCACUGCAUAUCCAUCAUCGACAGUUGGUGGGGCGGGAUAGGUCUGGGAACUCUGCAGGGGGCCGCGAUGGUACUGCUGGGCUGAUCUUGGUCCAGUCCUUGAACACUAAGCUGUAGUCUCUUCUGAACUCGUGUUCAUCCGGUUGGUCUCUUUCCCGCAGUGGAUACUGGCGAUCCAGCCCCCUUGGUCACCCCCCAACCAUUCUUCUGAGAACCUUUUGAUCGGUUGUUGAAUGUCUUUCGUAGUGUGAUAUAGAUCCAGCUGUGCCUUCACCUUUGACCACCAUCUGGAGUUGUUAUUUUAUCGUUUCCGUGAACUCCUCACCUUCCACCCGCAUGUCCUCCAUCACAUGUAUCCAUCGCUUUCGCCAGAGGGUCCAGAGGACAGCUCUCCUCCCCAGUUUGGGUGCUAUCUUGCGGAGAGCACCAUGCGCCUCCACUCCCAUGGCCAGGCGGCACUAGUUCCCAUUCGGCGCCAUAUCCGGUCUCACCAGCGGCAUGUGAGGAUUGUGCCCCGGCACUGUAAGAAUAUGUGUCGAAGUGCCACCCCCUUCUGUUCCAGAUUUGUGCGGUCUACUAGCCAGCCGUUGGUGGAUAGACAACGGUGCUCUAUGUGCCACUGCAGAGAGACCAGUUUGGCUGGUUCCGAGUCUUCGGACCUGGCUGCUGUGAACCAACGGAUGGGUGGGAUUGCAUCCCUCCCAACAUUUUGAUGCGUCAUCCAUUGGUUCCUAACAAUAUCUCUGAGGUUUACUUUAGGGCGCAGCAUCCUUACCUCAGAUUGGCUAGAUGUAUUUUCUUUCUUUUCCUACUUUUGGAUGAAGAGGGCCACUGCCACUCUUCCGAAUCAAAAGGCAGAUCCGACUGCUGGGUGUCCGGGAGGAAGGCCACCCAGGUUUCUUUUGCUGGCAGUACCCUAAAGGAGUCGUUGCUUCGCAUAUCAUCCCAUUGCACCCGGGGAGAGUCUGGAGAGCAUGUUUUCGUUGUCAGGGUUAUCAGUGCUGCAUCCUCCUGCACUUCCACCACAGUCCCCACCCUCUCCUGUCCCCCCCGAAUUGCCACCCAAUAACUUUCAUGAAGCCGCUCCUUUGAGCAAAAUGCAUACCCAGUGCAGUGGGAUGCAGAACGUGGUUUGUUCCAGAUUGUGGCAGCGUUUCAAGGACAGUGUCAACUGCUGCGCAUCUUUCCAGUCCUUUUCAGUUCGGUUCCAAACGUCCUUUAUUCACAGUACCUCUCAUUUGAUCCAGACGUUCCAGCGGGGGCCGAGCUCUGAAACUCCUGCCCGUUUUGGUUCGUAAUAUUCCUGUUGCCAAACAGGGGUUGCCUGAUGACCUCCCCCCACCUUUCUGCGUCUUCUGUUCCUGCCGCUUUCCCGCUCCCUGUCAUCUCCAGUGCCAACAGACAUUAUUUUGUUUUGGGCUGGCCCUGCCACUGUGUAUCUCCGAUACUAACUAUCAAGCAACCUCAGGUUUUGUUCUUUGGUUGCCAUCGCAUGGUCUGAAUACCUGAUGAAUGAGUGAAAAUCAGUACAAUGCUGAUGCUUUGUUUGGAGGUGAAGAUGUCUAGAGAAGGACUCCGAUUUAUUAUAGGUUCAUUCCUGGUAGAACCCUUCAGUCGUAAUUUAUCAUUGAUGAUCUGUUCAGCAAGUUGCCUGCCCCGUCUAGUUAAUAUCUUCUCUCUCUGUGUGUGUGUGUGUGUGUGUGUGUGUGUGUGUGUGUGUGUGUGUGCGUGAGAGAGAGAGAGAGAGAGAGAGAGCUCGUAGUUCUGGCCGACUUUCCGUUUACUGAAGCAGUAUUUGUCCACUUCUAUUGUCGGUUAGCCAAAUUAGAUCAACCCUGCUAUACGGAGGAGACGAUGGCAGGAGGGCUGCGAGUGGAUACAAGGCUCGAGGAAGUUGGGUGGUCGUGAUGCGAAUUAUUAGCUUUUCAUCAAUGCGGAAAACACUGCUGGUCUCUUAGCGCAUUUGGGUA